AUGGCUACGACUCAGGCAGAGGCCGCCCCGCAGACCCUGCUCACGGACUUGCACGUCUCCUACAUCCAGUCCCUCGACAAGGACCAGGACAGCCUGAGCUACCUCUUCACCGAACACCUGCGGAUGAAUGGCGUGUACUGGGGACUCACGGCGCUCGCUUUCAUGGGUCGGAUGGACGCCCUCCCUCGAGACGAGAUGGUUCGCUGGGUCAUGAGCUGCUGGCACGAAGAUGUCGGAGGAUUUGCGCCUCAUCCCGGCCACGAAGCGCACAUCCACUCGACCCUGAGCGCCGUCCAGAUCCUCGCCAUGCAGGACUCGCUCGACGUGCUCAACAGGGACAAGAUCGUCUCGUGGGUCCUCUCGCUGCAAGAUCCGAAGCGAGGUUCCUUCGCCGGGGACGAGUGGGGCGAGCAAGACUCUCGCUUCUCCUGCUGCGCCGUCGGCAUUCUCGCUCUUCUCGGCCGCCUCGAUGACCUCGACCAGGAAGUCACGGUCGACUUUAUCCGCAACUGCCGGAACUUUGACGGCGGCUUUGGGCGAGUAGAGGGCGCCGAGAGUCAUGCGUCGUAUGUCUGGACGUCGGUUAGCACGCUCGCCAUGCUUGACCGUCUCGACAUCGUCGACUCCGACACGUUGUGCUGGUGGUUAUGCGAGCGGCAGCUACCGAACGGCGGACUCAACGGCCGACCAGAAAAGCUGGAAGACGUCUGCUACAGCUGGUGGGUCAUCGCUACGCUCGCCAUUCUCGGCAGGUCGCACUGGAUCGACGGUGCAAAGCUCACCAAGUUCAUCCUGAGUGCUCAAGACCCGGACAAGGGAGGCAUCGCAGACCGGCCAGAAGACGUGGCGGACGUCUGGCACACCGUCUUCGGCUUGGCAGGGCUCGCCCUCCUCGACUACCCGGGAUUGCAGGCCGUCGACCCGCGCCUGUGCAUGCCGCUCAGCGUGACAGAGAAGCUUCUCAGAAAGCAGUAG